AUGAGUACAAAACCAUUUACUGGGCCAAUAGUAGUCAUCCUGAACGGAUUCCCGGGAGUGGGUAAAAAGACAAUAGCCAAGAACCUCCUUCAUUCAUUUCCCCAAGGGAGACUGUUCGAUAAUCAUCUUCUUAUAGAUGCUACUGCGGCAGUAUUAGAGAGGGAGGACGAAGCGUAUCUUCCACUUCGUAAGGCAUUUAGAUCGGCUUUGUUCUCUACACUUUCAUCAUACCCUUCUUCCAUCCCUCCAAUCCUGAUAUUUACCGAAUGUCAAUCGACCGACCCGACCGGAAGUCAAGUGAUGGACGAGUAUCUGACCUUUGCCAAGGAUAUAAGCGGAAAGCUGGUGUCUAUCAUUCUUGAGUGUACAUUCGCCGAACACUCCCAAAGACUAAUUCACAAAGAUAGGACGAAAGACGGAAUUACAAAGUUGACUGAUACGGAGGUUUUGAGGGUUAUGAAGCAGAACCAUGUUAUUCAUCGAUAUGGAGAGAGGGCCGAUGAGGAAUGGGUGAUAGAUAGCACGAGAAGGAGUGUUGAGGAGGUGGUUGGAGAUAUCAGGAUGAAAUUGAUCAGCGUGACCGAUAGUAUAUAA